GGCGGGAGGCAGCAGGUUAGGCAGUGAGAAGUUAGUGGCGCUACUGGGACGGGGGGAAGGAGACGCUUCUUCCUUCUGCUGCUUCUCUCGCUCCCGGGAUUGGCGGCGGCGGUGGCCGCGAGUGACUCUGCAGUGUCUCCGGCUCCGCGUGCGAAGCAUGCUGACCGACGGCGGAGGCGGCGGCACCUCCUUUGAGGAGGACUUGGACUCUGUGGCUCCGACCGUGAGAUUUGGGGAGGCUGGGCCUGCCCCGGGAGUCGGUGGCGGCGGCAGUGGUGCGGGCGUAGGGGACGCGGCGCUGGAUUUCAAGUUGGCGGCUGCUGUGCUGAGGACCGGGGGUGGAGGUGGUGCCUCUGGCAGCGACGAGGACGAAGUGUCAGAGGUUGAAUCAUUUAUUUUGGACCAAGAAGACCUGGAUAACCCAGUGCUUAAAACAACAUCAGAAAUAUUCUUAUCAAGCACUGCAGAAGGAGCAGACUUACGCACUGUGGAUCCAGAGACACAGGCACGACUAGAAGCAUUGCUAGAAGCAGCAGGAAUUGGCAAAUUGUCAACUGCUGAUGGUAAAGCUUUUGCAGAUCCUGAGGUACUCCGGAGAUUAACAUCCUCAGUAAGUUGUGCGCUGGAUGAAGCUGCUGCUGCACUGACACGAAUGAAAGCAGAAAACGGCCACAAUGCAGGACAAAUAGACACUCGCAGUCUGGCAGAAGCUUGUUCGGAUGGUGAUGUAAAUGCUGUUCGUAAAUUACUAGAUGAAGGCAGAAGUGUAAAUGAACAUACAGAAGAAGGAGAAAGCCUGCUGUGUUUGGCUUGUUCAGCAGGAUAUUAUGAAUUAGCACAAGUAUUGCUUGCUAUGCAUGCUGAUGUUGAAGAUCGAGGGACUAAAGGAGACAUAACUCCCCUAAUGGCAGCAUCCAGUGGAGGUUAUUUAGAUAUUGUGAAAUUAUUACUUCUUCAUGAUGCAAAUGUCAACUCCCAGUCUGCAACAGGAAACACUGCAUUGACUUAUGCCUGUGCUGGAGGAUUUGUUGACAUUGUGAAAGUGCUACUUAAUGAAGGUGCAAAUAUAGAAGAUCAUAAUGAAAAUGGACAUACCCCUUUAAUGGAAGCAGCCAGUGCAGGUCAUGUGGAAGUUGCAAGAGUUCUUCUAGAUCAUGGGGCAGGCAUCAACACUCAUUCUAAUGAAUUCAAAGAAAGUGCUCUUACACUUGCCUGCUACAAAGGCCAUUUGGAUAUGGUUCGCUUUCUACUUGAUGCUGGUGCAGAUCAAGAGCACAAAACAGAUGAGAUGCACACUGCCUUAAUGGAGGCUUGCAUGGAUGGACAUGUAGAAGUAGCACGUUUGCUUUUGGAUAGUGGUGCUCAAGUGAACAUGCCUGCAGAUUCAUUCGAGUCUCCGUUAACACUAGCUGCCUGUGGAGGACAUGUUGAAUUGGCAGCUCUACUUAUUGAAAGGGGAGCAAAUCUUGAAGAAGUUAAUGAUGAAGGAUAUACUCCCUUGAUGGAAGCUGCUCGGGAAGGACAUGAGGAGAUGGUGGCACUACUUUUAGCACAAGGAGCAAAUAUAAAUGCCCAGACAGAAGAAACCCAAGAAACAGCUUUGACUUUGGCUUGCUGUGGAGGAUUUUCUGAAGUUGCAGACUUUCUGAUUAAGGCAGGGGCUGAUAUAGAACUUGGCUGCUCCACACCUCUCAUGGAGGCUUCUCAGGAAGGACACCUGGAGUUGGUUAAAUAUUUACUGGCUGCCGGUGCUAAUGUUCAUGCUACAACAGCAACAGGAGACACAGCCUUAACCUAUGCUUGUGAAAAUGGACAUACAGAUGUUGCAGAUGUUUUACUUCAAGCAGGGGCUGAUUUAGAACAUGAAUCUGAAGGUGGAAGAACACCUUUGAUGAAAGCUGCAAGAGCUGGUCAUUUGUGCACUGUGCAGUUUCUUAUUAGCAAAGGUGCCAAUGUGAAUCGGGCUACAGCCAAUAAUGAUCAUACAGUGGUGUCGCUGGCAUGUGCAGGAGGUCACCUGGCAGUUGUUGAACUACUCUUGGCUCAUGGGGCUGACCCUACUCAUCGACUCAAGGAUGGCUCAACAAUGCUCAUCGAAGCUGCAAAAGGUGGCCAUACUAAUGUUGUUUCUUAUCUAUUGGAUUAUCCAAACAACGUUCUAUCAGUUCCUACUACAGAUGUAUCUAUACUCACUCCACCUUCUCAAGAUCAAUCUCAGGUUCCACGUGUACCAAUGCAUACACUUGCCAUGGUUGUACCUCCUCAAGAGCCUGACAGAAGUUCACAGGAGAACUCCCCUGCCCUUUUAGGAGUACAAAAAGGUACAUCCAAGCAGAAGUCCAGUUCCCUGCAGGUAGCAGAUCAGGACGUACUGCCACCUUUUCACCCAUACCAGCCUUUGGAGUGCAUAGUAGAGGAGACUGAAGGCAAGCUGAAUGAACUGGGACAAAGAAUUAGCGCUAUUGAAAAAGCACAGCUUAAGUCAUUGGAGUUAAUUCAAGGUGAACCUCUGAACAAAGAUAAGAUAGAAGAACUUAAAAAGAACAGAGAAGAGCAAGUCCAGAAGAAGAAGAAAAUACUGAAAGAGCUGCAGAAAGUGGAAAGGCAGUUGCAGAUGAAAACACAGCAACAAUUUACCAAAGAAUACUUGGAAACCAAAGGUCAGAAAGACACAGUAUCUCUACACCAGCAGUGCUCUCAUAGAGGAGUCUUCCCAGAAGGGGAAGGAGAUGGUAGUCUUCUAGAGGAUCACUUUUCAGAGUUACCUCAGGUUGACACAGUCUUAUUUAAAGAUAAUGAUGUUGAUGAUGAGCAACAGUCUCCACCAUCGGCAGAACAAAUUGAUUUUGUCCCAGUCCAGCCUUUAUCAUCUCCACAGUGUAACUUUUCCAGUGACUUAGGUUCUAAUGGGACAAAUUCUCUUGAACUUCACAAAAUAUCAGGUAAUCAUCAGAUUAUAGGACAGCCUCAGAUUGAUAUUACUGGACAUGAUCAGGGGCUGUUAGUUCAAGAACCAGAUGGACUAAUGGUUGCAACUCCAGCCCAGACGCUUACCGACACUCUUGAUGACCUGAUAGCAGCUGUGAGUAGCAGAGUGCCCACUGGUUCAAACAGUUCCUCUCAGACCACAGAAUGUCUUACACCUGAACCCUGUUCACAGUCUCCAAGCAAUGUGGCUUCCCAGUCAUUGCCCCCUGUCUAUCCCUCAGUUGACAUUGAUGCACAUACUGAGAGCAAUCAUGACACAGCAUUAACAUUAGCUUGUGCAGGUGGCCAUGAAGAACUCGUAUCUGUACUCAUUGCACGAGAUGCUAAAAUCGAACACAGAGACAAAAAAGGCUUCACACCACUGAUCCUGGCGGCAACAGCAGGGCAUGUUGGCGUUGUUGAAAUCCUUUUGGAUAAAGGUGGAGAUAUAGAAGCACAGUCUGAACGAACUAAGGAUACUCCACUUUCAUUGGCAUGUUCUGGUGGACGUCAGGAGGUGGUAGACUUGUUGCUGGCUCGAGGUGCAAAUAAAGAACAUAGGAAUGUGUCUGAUUAUACACCACUGAGUCUAGCUGCAUCUGGAGGAUAUGUUAAUAUCAUUAAGAUUCUGCUUAAUGCUGGGGCAGAAAUUAAUUCAAGGACUGGGAGUAAACUAGGUAUUUCUCCCCUGAUGUUGGCUGCAAUGAAUGGACAUGUUCCUGCAGUGAAAUUGUUGCUUGAUAUGGGUUCAGACAUUAACGCCCAAAUAGAGACCAAUCGGAACACAGCUCUCACCUUGGCCUGUUUUCAAGGUCGAGCAGAAGUAGUGAGUUUGCUUCUGGACCGAAAAGCCAAUGUUGAGCAUAGAGCAAAGACUGGUCUUACCCCCUUGAUGGAAGCUGCUUCUGGAGGGUAUGCCGAGGUUGGGAGAGUUCUCCUUGAUAAAGGAGCAGACGUCAAUGCCCCCCCUGUGCCUUCCUCAAGAGAUACUGCUUUAACAAUAGCAGCGGACAAAGGUCACUAUAAAUUUUGUGAGCUCCUCAUUAGUAGAGGAGCCCAUAUUGAUGUUCAUAACAAGAAGGGAAACACACCACUUUGGUUGGCAUCCAAUGGUGGACAUUUUGAUGUGGUGCAGUUGCUGGUGCAAGCAGGUGCUGAUGUGGAUGCAGCAGAUAACCGGAAAAUCACACCUCUUAUGUCAGCAUUUCGGAAGGGUCAUGUAAAAGUUGUUCAAUAUUUGGUGAAAGAAGUCAAUCAGUUCCCUUCUGAUAUAGAAUGCAUGAGAUACAUAGCAACAAUUACAGAUAAGGAGCUGUUGAAAAAAUGUCAUCAAUGUGUUGAGACAAUUGUGAAGGCUAAAGACCAACAGGCUGCGGAAGCAAACAAGAAUGCAAGUAUUCUUUUAAAGGAACUUGAUCUGGAAAAGUCAAGAGAGGAGAGCAGAAAGCAGGCUCUUGCAGCUAAAAGAGAGAAAAGAAAAGAAAAGAGAAAAAAGAAAAAAGAGGAGCAGAAAAGGAAGCAAGAAGAAGAUGAAGAAAACAAACCUAAGGAGAAUUCAGAACUACCAGAGGAUGAAGAUGAAGAGGAAAAUGAUGAAGAUGUGGAGCAAGAAGUUCCCAUAGAGCCUCCUAGUGCAACCACCACCACCACAAUUGGAAUCUCUGCAACAUCUGCAACAUUCACAAACGCGUUUGGGAAAAAAAGGGCUAAUGUGGUGACAACCCCCAGCACCAAUAGGAAAAAUAAGAAGAACAAAACAAAAGAGACCCCUCCCACUGCACCUUUAAUAUUACCAGAACAACAUAUAUCCUUAACACAGCAAAAGGCAGACAAAAAUAAAAUAAAUGGAGAACCCAGAGGUGGUGGUGCAGGAGGGAACAGUGAUUCAGAUAACUUGGACAGCACAGAUUGCAACAGUGAGAGUAGCAGUGGUGGUAAAAGCCAAGAAUUAAACUUCAGUAUGGAUGUGAAUUCCUCUGGUGAUAGGAGAUACGCCUCACUGCUACUCCAUUCCCAAGAAGAAAAAAUAAGUCCUGCCACUUCUAAAACUCAAACACGACCUGAAGGUGAAGUGAAUUCUAGUUCCUUAUCAACAAGCUAUAAGUCAGUGUCAUUGCCAUUAAACUCUCCAAACAUAAAGCUGAAUCUGACUAGCCCUAAAAGGGGGCAAAAAAGAGAAGAAGGAUGGAAAGAAGUUGUACGAAGGUCAAAGAAAUUAUCUGUUCCAGCUUCAGUGGUUUCCAGGAUAAUGGGAAGAGGAGGGUGCAACAUCACCGCAAUACAAGAUGUUACUGGUGCCCAUAUUGAUGUGGAUAAGCAAAAAGAUAAGAAUGGCGAGAGAAUGAUCACAAUAAGGGGUGGUACAGAAUCAACAAGAUAUGCAGUUCAACUUAUCAAUGCACUUAUUCAAGAUCCUGCUAAGGAACUGGAAGACUUGAUUCCUAAAAAUCAUAUCAGAACACCUACCAGCACCAAGUCCAUCCAUGCAAACUUCUCGUCUGGAGUAGGCACCACAGCAGCUUCCAGUAAAAAUGCAUUUCCCUUAGGUGCUCCAACUCUUGUAACUUCACAGGCAACAACAUUAUCUACGUUCCAGGCCACUAAUAAACUUAACAAGAACGUUCCAACAAAUGUACGUUCUUCUUUCCCAGUUUCUCUACCCUUAGCCUAUCCCCAUCCUCAUUUUGCUCUCCUGGCUGCUCAGACUAUGCAACAGAUUCGGCAUCCUCGCUUACCCAUGGCCCAGUUUGGAGGAACCUUUUCACCCUCUCCUAACACUUGGGGACCAUUCCCAGUGAGACCUGUGAAUCCUGGCAACGCAAAUAGCUCUCCCAAGCAUAAUUCUACAAGCCGUCUACCUAACCAGAAUGGUACUGUUUUACCCUCUGAGUCUGCUGGACUAGCCACUGCCAGUUGUCCUAUCACUGUCCCUUCUGUAGUUGCUGCCAGUCAGCAACUGUGCGUGACUAACACCCGGACUCCUUCGUCAGUCAGAAAGCAGUUGUUUGCCUGUGUGCCUAAGACAAGCCCUCCAGCAACAGUGAUUUCUUCUGUGACAAGCACUUGUAGUUCCCUGCCUUCAGUCUCUUCUGCGCCGAUCACUAGUGGACAAGUUCCCACCACAUUUCUAUCUACAAGUGCUCCUCAAGCACAACUUUCUUCACAAAAGAUGGAGUCUUUCUCUGCCAUGCCAUCCCCAAAAGAAAAAGUGUCCACACAGGACCAACCCACGGCAAACCUGUGUACGCCAUCUUCAACUGCAAAUAGCUGUAAUAGCUCUGCCAGUAACACGCCAGGAGCUCCAGAAACUCACCCAUCCAACAAUCCCACUCCUUCUAACAACACACAGGAGGAGGCCCAGUCAUCCAGUGUGUCUGAAUUAAGUCCUAUGUCAAUGCCAUUUGCAUCUAAUUCAGAACCUACUCCAUUGACUUUGGCAUCACCAAGAUUGGUUGCUGCUGAUAAUCAGGAUAACAAUAAUUUACCUCAAUUAGCUGUACCAGCACCUCGAGUUUCUCAUCGAAUGCAGCCCAGAGGUUCUUUUUACUCAGUGGUUCCAAAUGCUACUAUACACCAGGAUCCCCAGUCUAUUUUUGUUACAAAUCCAGUUCCUUUAACACCACCUCAAGGCCCACCAGCUGCAGUGCAGCUUUCUUCAGCCAUGAACAUUAUGAAUGGUUCUCAGAUGCACAUUAACCCAGCAAAUAAAUCGUUGCCGCCGACAUUUGGCCCAGCCACACUUUUCAAUCACUUCAGUAGUCUUUUUGAUAGUAGUCAGGUGCCAGCUAACCAGGGGUGGGGAGAUGCUCCACUAUCCUCACGAGUUGCUGCAGAUGCCUCUUUCACUGUUCAGUCAGCGUUCCUAAAUAACUCUGUACUUGGACACUUGGAAAAUGUGCACCCUGACAACUCCAAGGCACCUGGCUUCAGACAACCUUCCCAGCGAGUUUCUACUAGCCCAGCUGGGUUACCAUCCAUUGACCCAUCAGGCAGCUCCCCAUCUUCCUCUUCUGCUCCUCUGACAAGUUUUUCCGGCAUACCAGGAACACGUGUUUUCCUGCAAGGGCCAGCUCCUGUUGGGACUCCUAGUUUCAACAGACAACAUUUUUCUCCCCAUCCUUGGACAAGCGCCUCAAACUCAUCCGCUUCUGCCCCACCAGCAUUGGGCCAACCAAAAGGAGGCAAUGCCAGUCAGGAUCGAAAGAUACCUCCCCCCAUUGGAACAGAGAGACUAGCCCGGAUUCGGCAAGGAGGGUCUGUCGCACAAGCCCCUGUGGGGACCAGUUUUGUCGCUCCUGUUGGACACAGUGGAAUCUGGUCAUUUGGUGUCAACGCCAUGUCAGAAGGCUUAUCAGGUUGGUCACAGUCUGUGAUAGGAAACCAUCCAAUGCAUCAACAAUUAUCAGACCCAAGCACAUUCUCCCAGCAUCAGCCAAUGGAAAGAGAUGAUUCUGGAAUGGUAGCCCCCUCUAACAUUUUUCAUCAGCCUAUGGCAAGCAGUUUUGUGGAUUUUUCUAAAGGUCUGCCAAUUUCCAUGUAUGGAGGCACCAUAAUACCCUCUCAUCCUCAGCUUGCUGAUGUUCCAGGAGGUCCUCUAUUUAAUGGACUUCAUAACCCAGAUCCUGCUUGGAAUCCUAUGAUAAAAGUUAUUCAAAAUUCAACUGAAUGCACUGAUGCCCAGCAGAUUUGGCCUGGCACGUGGGCACCUCAUAUUGGAAACAUGCAUCUCAAAUAUGUCAACUAAGUUAGAAGGUCUUAUUCUUUAGCCUUGUUUGAGAAACCUAUGAUCUUGGAAGAACCCCGGGGAUUUUUUUUUUUUAAUGUGCCUAACUAAGAAAUUUUCUCUGAGGCUUUAGCAAUGGAAAUUUGAUUGUCCAUUGUAUAAGAACAAAGUGAUUUCCUACCCACCUGAUUAUGUUCUGUGGUUAGUUUAGCCAUUUUGAACUUAGUGCUUUGGCUAAACAUACUGAAUGCUACUUUUAUGCAGAAGAGAAUUAGAUGAUUACCUUUUAGGGUGGUAAAUACAUGUACAGUUGUUUACAUACUUAAAAGGAAAAAGUUGAGUAAAUUUCUUGUCAUAUAGUGGCUCUACUUAAUGUAGCCUGUAUUAAUGUGAAAUAUUUACCAGAAUAUUCAAUAAAAAGAUGAACAGUAUUUA